AAAGCAUGCAAAUUUGUCUAUGCUUCAUCAUCAGCGAAACUUCGCGUGUGUGUGAUCAAGGAAGAUUAUUUAUAAUUCAGUUUUAAUUAUAGAUUUCUUUUACUUACACAUCCCAAACUUAGUUAGUACGGCGCGCUUGUGGACUGCGACGCUCCGUCGGCGCGCCACGAAUGCGGAAACAUGUGUUUUGAUGUGAACAUCCAAUGAUGAUACAUGACAACAAAAUUAUAAUUUAUCAGAGUUUAUGUCUGUAGGAAUUGUUUGUAAGACAGAUAAAAGAGUGUUGUGAGAUCGUGUACCAGCGGUGAUUAUUGUAACGGAUUCGUGUGUGGCCGGUGAUAAGUGAUAAAGUGCAGUCAUUUCCGGUGUGUUGUGCCGUGAUGUGGGCGCCCCGGUGAAGUAUCCUGCCUUAUAGUUCUGAGGUCUCGGUUCAGGCAUGGCGAACACGGGGAUCGGGGUCUCUUUUGACCCUAAUGACAUGACCAGCUGGUACUUCCGUGAGCUAUCGAGGGCUGAGGCCACGAGGUUACUCCUAAACGAGACGGAGAGCGGCGUCUUCCUGGUCAGGGAUUCUAAAACAAUCACUGGGGACUAUGUGCUGUGUGUCAGGGAAGACGACCGUGUAUCCCACUACAUAAUAAACCGCGUCGUAUCGGCCGACGGUGCGAUCCGGUACCGGAUCGGCGAUCAGCUGUUCGCGGACAUGCCGGCGCUGCUCGCGUUCUACCGGCUCCACUACCUGGACACGACGCCGCUGGUCAGGCCGCUGCCGCAGGCGCUGGCCAAGGUCGCCGCGCCACCGCCACAGCAACCCCAUCAAGUUUUGGAGCUGGUGAUAGCUAAAUUUGACUUUUCUGGCAAUGACGCGGACGACCUCCCGUUCCGGCGCGGCGAGCGGCUGAUGGUGAUCAACCGCGACGAGGAGCAGUGGUGGACCGCCAGGAACAGCCUCGGACGCACCGGGUCCAUACCAGUGCCUUAUGUGCAGAGGAUCCUGGACCCGUCGGGGCUGCCGUACCCCGCGGCCGAGGCGCUGAGCCACGUGGGCGACCCGCCCAGCCCGCCCGCCGCGCCCGCCGGCAAGCUGGCCCGGACCAACAUGCAGGUGUUCCAGCGCACGCUGCCGGCGCUGGCGCGCGUGAAGCAGCCGCGCGUGCCCAACGCCUACGACAAGACUGCGCUCAAGCUGGAGGAGGGAGACAUUAUCAAAGUGACAAAAAUCAACAUAAACGGUCAAUGGGAGGGCGAGUUGAACGGUAAAAUAGGUCAUUUCCCAUUCACAUGCGUCGAGUUCCUGGACGAGAACACGACCAGUUAAAACUGUGACGUCACGGCCAUAUUCCAUGACUCUAUGGUUUUAUGGUAGGCUAUGGACUCUGCCCACCGAUUCAAGGGCUUAUAUGCACAAAAUACAAGUUUAUACUACGAUUUCUAAUCCUAUAUUUAAAUGGCGACGUUAAUGAAGUUAAGCAACUUAAUUCGCGGCUUAGAAUUUGAUGGGUAGCAAGGUUUUUCAAUAAUUGUUGAGUUAUUAAGAAUACUCUGUUAAUCGUAAUUGUUAACUUAACUGUAUAUCAAAACAGUUUCGUUAAAGAAUUACCGAACUACCCACCAAUUAAAAUGUUUAAAUAUGGGAUUAAAAUACAAAAAUAACAGAAAUAUGUGCUGACAACAUUAAGUUAACACAUUCUUUGUAAAGCAGACUUAUUAUUAUACUUACGCAGGACGCACAAACAUGUAUACAUUAUUAUUAUUAUAUAAAGCGUAUUAUGAAGUUUUAUAACCAUUAUAGGUCAAUUAUUCUUAUACCGACGGCAUAAGCUACAAUUUCUUGCAAGAUCGCAAGAAUUUUGAUACAAGAAUCUGGCACAAGCAAUCCACAGUUAACUCUAUCAAAUGAUUAUAAAUCAUCAUUUAAAUAAUAUAAUAAUUAUACUCAAGGUGUUGCUGAAUCUUGUUAAUAUCGAAUCCAAUUGCCAGUAGUUUUACCAAAUGGAUAUGAGGAACAGGAUUUAAAAAAGAUUCACAAUAACAAAGGCUAGCUAAUUGGUUCAAUAGAGGAAUAAAACCUAUUUUGGUUUUGAAACAUCAUAACAAUGCUUUAAAAUUGUGUAAAAAAAAUAUAUAUAUUAUUUUUAUUAAAAUUACAAGCAAAAUUGUAAAUCGACAUUAUUGAGAUUAUAAGAAACUCAUUGUAA